AUGCCUAGCAAGUCAGGAAGAGUUAGAAUGCCCGCUGAUAACAGACUUCCUGUUUCAGCUUCCUUAAAAACGUCCGAAAUUUGGAAAAAUUCUGUUGGUUAUGAUCCGUAUGCUUCUAUUGAAGAAUUAAAUAACAAGAAAGAAAUAAAAAAUGAAGAAAUAAAUGAAAAGGCAAAAAACUUAUUUAACUUGGCAAGGCUAACUGGUAAUGUUUCCAGUACCAUACCUGGAGCCUGCACACUUUGCAAUUAUGUUGGUCAUUUACCUUACCAGUGCAGGAAUUUUCUUAACUUGGAGAAACAUAAUUUUCAGAAGGAUAUAAAGGAAAAUGAGGAAGACGAUUUAAAGGAAAGAAGAAAUUUGGGUCUUAUAAGCAGCGAAAGUGAAGUUGACAGUGGAAGUGAAAGCGGAAGUGGAAGUGGAAGUGGAAGUGGAAGCGGAAGCGGAAGCAAAAGAAGCCAUGGUAACGUCCACCAUCGAAGGAGCAAAAAGAAACACAAAAAAAGAAAAAGCAAACACGACGAACGUAAACGUAAGAAACUCAAGCAGAGUAGCGACAGCUACAUCGACAGUGAUGGCAAACAUAGAGAAUGGGAAAUUCGUAAAAAAAGGAAAGAGAAGAAGGAGAAGAAACACAAAAAAUAUUAUGAGAGUAAAAAACAUAAACAUAACGUAAAAGAUAGUCGUAGUAGUGAAGACAGUAAAAAUUGCAAAAAAGUAAAGGUCAGAAGUAAAAAAGACGAUAAAAAAAAAAAAAAAAAAAGGAAAAAAGAGAGAAUGAUUACAUAA